AUGUACGCUUCUGAUAAUCAUAUGGAUGCAGGAGCAGAACGCCGCCGGGGCCUUCCCUCCUUCAACCCCGGCCCCUGCGGCGGCGCACCCGGGCCCCCGACCGAGCUCUGGGGGGCCCCUACCGGGCCCACCCUGCCCCUAAGCCGGACCGAGGUGGAGAGCCCGUUCCUGCCCAGGCACCAGCAGCUGAGCGAGAGGGUGCGGAAGCGGCUCUAUUAUGGCUGGGACAAAGACUGCAGCCUGGAUAAUCUCUCCAGCCCCGUGGCAGAUAUUGCUGUGGAGUUGCUGCAGAAAGUGGCUCCCAGCCCUAUCCGCAGACUCCAGAAGAAAUACGUGUCUCAUGUAUCUCGGGAAGCUUGCAUCUCGCCCUGCUCCAUGAUGCUGGCACUGGUUUACAUUGAGAGACUCCGGCACCGGAACCCCGAAUACCUCCAGCAGAUCUCAUCGUCGGACCUCUUCCUGAUCUCCAUGAUGGUUGCUAGCAAGUACCUGUACGACGAGGGUGAGGAGGAGGAGGUGUUCAACGAUGAGUGGGGAGCAGCAGGGAAGGUGGAUGUCCAGACCAUGAACACACUGGAGAUGAACUUCCUGAGCGCCAUUGACUGGAGUCUCUACACAGACCCCCGGGAGCUGUUUGAAGUGCUGAGCUGGCUGGAAGGACGUGUGGCAGAAAAGCAGGGCAUGUGGCGUGGCUGGUUCACCUACACGGAUCUGUGUGUCCUCAUGGAGCAGUCCGUGUGGCAGCACGUGCUGGGCCAGUUCUACCAGCAAGUGGUGAAGCUGGCCUGCCUCCUGGGCGUAGUGUACCUGACUGGCUUUGUCACCGUCUUCGCCUCCGUCACUGUGGUGCACCGGUCCAUGUGCAUGAGGAGCGUCAGCCCCGCAGCCCCCCGGUCUGUGCUGUUCCCUGAGGAGGGCAGCUGCCAGCUGGAUGCCCAGCCAGCCCCAGCCCCUGACCAGCCCCAGCCCGAGCUGCCCGACAUCUCUCCAGCCAGCGGCACCCAUUGCCUGGGGGAGAACGAGACAACCGAGGAGCCGCGUCGCGGAGGUGUCACGGCGACUGCGCUCUACCUGUGGGGCAGCGUCAUGACAGCUCUGUCUUACCCAAAGGCGCCUGAUCUAGCCCAACACAGGAGCCCCCCGCAAGGCCCCUUCCGGAGAAUACCCACCGCCUGUGAGAGAUCUAACCGUACUGCCCCCGCUGCAGCCCCCGGCCAGCCUGGCCCCUUCGGACUCGCCGUGCUCCCGGUUCCUCCGGCACUCCACUGCCAUGCCUGCUCAACCGGUGCGGGCCCCACAUGGGAUGCAGCCCCAAACCGCAAGGACUGGCUGGACCCCUUGGGGCUGAGGCAGUGCUCCUUGCCCACUGCCAUGGAUCUCAGCAGAAUCAAGAGCUUCAUUUUUCCCAGCUAGGAGCACAGGGCAGCAGGCCCUUUCCCCUUCCCUCCUAGUGUGGCACAACUCGCUUCCUUGCACUUCUGGGACCUC